AUGACAGCACAUUGGCUCGACAAGAAAGCCGCAGACUUCGCCGACGAUCAUUUCCAAGGACAAAACACCGAGAACUUCAGCGGCAUUCUUAUGCACAUCAUCAUCUUCGACACCCGCAGGAUCCUAAUGCUGCACCCAAAGACUCCAGACGAAAGGGCAGAGAUAGAACAAGAUGUCAGUGAUAUCCCCAGAACCGCCUCCUUGACCGUCCAUUCCAUCGAGCUCGCCAAGGGAUCCACGAAUGGCAACCUAACAAUGCGCGACUACGUCCUCGAAGCGCUAGGCUCUGCUAUCCAAACCGACUUGCUCCGCAACGUUCAAAUCUCCGAGUACUGCUGCGACAGAUAUCUCCACGAAGUGCGCGUGGCAGAAGAGCUCGAGCUAGAAACUCUGCACCUCGCAGUCCAAGUCACAAUCCAACCACCCACAGACGACGGACGCCUAAACCACAACAUCCGCCGGCGCACCUCCCUAACCUUCGACCCCCUCCAAAUAGACCAAUACAACGACGCCUUCUGGCUGCCCCUCCCCCGCGGUCCCAAAGCCUCCCAACACAAAAAAGCCAUCCUCGCAGCCAAUAACGGCUCCAUCAGCACCGACCUCCUCACCAAAACAAUCCUCCGCCACCACCACGACACCUCCCGAAACCUCUUCAAGAAAAGAUUCCCCACGGUCCCCAAAAUGGCCGCGCGACUCCGCAUCAUGUUCACCGCCUGCUUCGACAUCGAGAACCUCCGACGCGGGCAUGAGAUGGGGUAUAUCCUGGCCUGGCGGCACGCGCCGUUUGGGCAGCUGGUGGUGUUUAUUGUUAAUGCGGAUGUGGUGGAGAGGGAGGUGGAGCAGGUUGAUCAUGGGGAGGUGAGGUAUGAUGUGUUGUUUAGCGGGAUGCGGCCUGGGGAGGGGUUUUUGGAGGGGGCUGGGUUGGAUGUGGAGGCGUUGGGGAUGAUGGUCGGGGGGACGAGGAAGGAUGAGGAUGAUUAUUGCGGGGGCAGGGUGUUGUUUGAGUGGAUGACGGAGGAUGAGGGGACGAGGUUUCAUUAUAGGAGGUUGUAG